ACCCAAAAUCCUUAAUGUAUCGUGUCAUGUCGACUGUCGUGUCUACGUCGUGUUCAUGCGGUGCUUAUGUGGUGUUGUCCCCGCUUAACCAAGUGCAUCUUUUUUAAGGUUUUUGUAUGCUCGUAUGUUUUCAUCUUUCUUCUCCUUUGUGCUUCACUUUUUCGAUGCACCCUUUUCUCUCCUCCAUUGAAGCGUACUCGGAAUUCUCCAUUAAAGCGGCUUCUGAGCUUCUCUCCUCCAUUGAAACAACUUCUCAAGCUAGUGUUUCAUGUUGGAGCUUGACUAGAAAGGAGGGAACUUUGUUGGUUGAGUGAUAUAUAUAUAUAUAUACAAUGGAUUUUUCUCCCUUCAAGCAAGAUCUGGAUGAGCUUUUAAAAGAGUUUUCUGAGGGAGAGCUUAAAACUUUAGCAGACAUGAAAAAAUUAUGGCUUGAACGGAAAUUUUCCUACGUAUUUGAGGCUCGACCUUCUACCAGCCUGAAUAUAUUUAUGCAAUCUUUGUACAACCAUUCUAUAAGUUAUAUGAUCUCCACUAAUUCUUUGUCACAGAGACUGGGUGCCCUUUAUGCCCUCUAUUGUCUCUACGAGACACAGCCAUUCAAGCCUCCCUUCAAGAUUUAUCUCUCUCUUGGAGAAUUACGAAGACUAACAGCUCUGGUUGUAAAUGCGAAAGAAAAUGGAAUCAAAGUAGUAUCUGUUUUGGUCAAAAGGAUGCUAGAGAAGAAUGCAUUCUUGUUUGGUUUCGUCAACAUAAAUGAUUAUUCUGAGAAAGAGAGAAUAAAGGAGUUGGUAGAUGUGCAGAAUGCCUGCAUAAAGAAGAUGCAUGAAAAAUUGUUGGCGAAUACUGAGAUUGAGCGUUAUCUUCACAUGGACAUGGGCAUGGAACUUGACCUAGAAGUGCUCAGGAAAAUGGCCAAUGAAUAUGAAGGAACUAAAAAUCUUGCUAUCAGAGAGGCCAGUAGGGUAGUCGAUACCGAAAACAUAAAGCAUAUUGCAGAAGAUAGGCUGACAAUUGGAGAUGAAGUGCAAAAGAUAAACGAGGAGUGGGGAAAUCAAAAGGAAAUGUUCUCACAAUUUAUAGGAACAGACCAGCAUUCUGUCAUAACUCAUCACCAGAGAGAAGAGAGACACCACAAGCAACCAAUGCUACUUUCUGCCGCUGAACAGCAUCAAAGUGAGGAUGAAUUACAACACACUGGUUUCAUGGAGCUUCUUAUGGGAAAUGAAUCACCAUUGGUAAAUGGAAAUAUUCAACAGGCUCCAUCUGAGCUGCAUUUGAUGCCUGAUGAAGAGCAAGAUUAUGACUUGGAGUAUGCUAAGGAUCUGGAAGAUCAAUUAUUUGAUGAUAUAUUAUAAUUCAUGUUUAUGACAGUGGGAACAUUGUUAAUAGCUAGGUUAUAUGCUUUAUUGUUUCAGGGUGUAGAUAAUCUUACAUUUAUUAUGGAGUAUACAUUUAUUGGUGUUUAGACAUUUCAAUUUUCAACAGUUAUCUAUAUAUAACACAUGAAAACUUAGAUA